AUGGCCUUCGCAAAUUGCGGUACUUUCAUCCUGGCGCACACCGGCCGCAAAGAGGACUUGCCUCGAACAAAGCCACCUCCGAAGGACCAGGCCCGGAUCAGCUUCUUGCUCUUCUUCCUCUUUUUGCGUUGUGGCGGAGCUGCUGGCUCCGGGAAGUGCAGCCUCAGCGCGGGCCCCGGAAUGGCGGCGUCUCGGGUGCGGCCCUGUUCAAUCGGACCCACUGGCCCAACGUGCCUCUUUCAGCGCCUCUUCUUUCAUUCGCUGUUCCUGACCUGGCUGGCAUGGCUGGCCUGGAGUCCCAUUGAGGGCAUUGGGAGGGUGUUCACCAGCCCAGUGACGGACCAGAAGUCACGCGUCAGACUCCGCUUCAACGACGGGGACAAGGAGUGCGAAGAUGUCCAUCGCAAGAAGACACGGCACAUGAGGGGGGAUGAGGGGGAUGAGGGGGAUGAGGGGGACCUCCGAGCGGCAGGAUCUCUGCAAACAGAGUCGGCUCGAUCGGCUGGAUAUGACUACGACGACCUGCCCAGGGAGUUUGACCGCGAAGUUCUCCUGAAUUUCUUCAGUUCAAGACCCGCAGAAAUUGCCUGGCGAUGGUCGGAGAUCUGCGGCGAGCUGUGGCCCGUAUGGACACUGUGGCACGAGGAGGAGACGAUGCCGGACACAUCGAAGAGGACGCGGGGCGCAAGGUUGCGCGAAGCCCUGUCCAAGCUGGGCCCCGUCUUCGUGAAGAUCGGGCAGACUCUCUCCGAAAGACCGGACCUCAUCGGUGAUGAAGCCUGUGACGAGCUGAAGCUGCUGCAGCAGGAGAAUGAGCCCUUCAGCACGGACGUGGCCUUUGACAUUAUCCUUGAGGAUCUGCGCCACAACGGGCCCCUCACACCCGGUGGAUACGGUGGACACACGGGAGACAGCAACGAUCCCACAGCGCCACCGCUGCUGGCCGAGAUCUCCGCAGAGCCUGUGGCCGCAGCUUCGCUGGGCCAAGUCUACUAUGCCAAGACGCUGGAUGGCCGAGAAGUUGCUAUCAAAGUACAAAGGCCCGGGAGCUUGCGCCAGGUGGCGCUUGACUGGACGUGUUGGGCCCUUGGCCUCAUGGCGAUGGACAUCUACUGGGGUGGCCAGGGCGAUGAGAUUCCGAAGAUCGCGGACGAAGUUGCCCAAGGCGUCUUCAAAGAACUGGACUACCACAAUGAGGCUCGAAAUGCAGAGAUCUUCCUGAAGAAGCACAAGUUCUUGCCUUUUGUCACUGCUCCACAGUGGGUGCCGGAACUAACCGGACCAAAGGGGACAGCCCGGGUGCUGACCCUUGAGUGGAUCCACGGGCGCAAGCUGCAAGACAUUGAAAGCCAGGAGGAAAGAAUGCAGAUGGUGGACAUGGCAGUGGAGGCUUGCGUCUCAUCCUUGGUCUUCACCGGCUUCGUCCAUGCCGAUCCACACGCGGGGAACAUGCUUCUGACAGAGGAUGGACGUCUGGCAUUUCUAGACUUCGGCCUUAUGGGAACGGUUGAGCCCCGCAUUAUGGAGGGCUUCGCUGCGGGAAUUCAGCACUUGCUGGCCGAGCGCUGGUUGCCACUUGCCAAAGUCAUGCAAGAUGUGGGCUUUAUGGCCGUGGGCGAGGAAGGCGGCUUCAAGAAGGUCGUCGAUCCCACCGCUCGGGUCUUCGAGUACACGAGCUGCCCCGACGAGGAGUUCGCUGCGGCGCUGGAGGCAUCGAUGAAAGCGGAGGAAGGCGGCCUGAGCCGCUUUGGCGCUCUGGCGGGGGCUCUCACAAAGCUCUCGGACAGAUAUCACAUGACCAUGCCAGGCUACAUCAUCCUCUUCAUCCGGACUUUCUUGACCUUGGAAGGGAUCGCUGGGGUCGUGAAGCCGGACUUCAACAUCUAUGAAGCAUCCUUGCCCUAUGCGCUACAACGAGCUCUCUCUCCCCAAACUGAGGAGGCGGUGGCCGCGCUGCGCGAGACCUGGGUGACGGAGACGGGCGCGCCGCGCUGGGACACGCUGGAGGCCUUGGCCCAGAGCUUGGCCCGGAGCGCCGACAGCGGCGCGAGCGGCGCCGAGAUCAAAGAGGAGGGCACUCCGGGCUACGGCGAGGUUCUGCGCCGGGUCGUGGCAUCUCCGGAGGGCCGCGCGCUGCGGCGCAUCCUUGUGGACUUGGACUCUCGGGCGGUGCUGCUGGGCCUGGCAGGCCCCAAAGGGGCAAAGCUCCGAUCCGUGGCGUCCCAAGCCCUCGCCGGACACCUGAAGAACUUCAAGGCCUCGAAGAGCAAGCCGACGAGCAAGCCGAAGGGCAAGCCGAACAGGAAAGCCGGCUACGAGGCAAGGCAACUGGAGAGAGAGAAGCAAGCACUAAGGGUGAUCCGUGGUGUUCAGUUUCAGCGCUUCCGUGGCUUCCGCGCCGUGACGGCCGCCGCCGCCUUCCUGGGUCUCACAGCCAGGGUCUCCUUUUCGGCUUUGUUCAAGGCCGUUCGAUUUUCGGGAAGCAUGCCGAGCACUUCCCCUUUGCCAAAGUUGCACAUUGGGCAACCGCUAGCGGCAGUUAACCAGUUAACAGCAGCCAAGUACGUCCUCUGCACGAUGGAGUCCCGUGCGGCGCCCCGCGAAGCCUGGAGCGCCCACACUGAAGCGACGGAAAGGACAGUGGUGCAGGAACCGCCAGAAGUUUGGAGGCAGCAGCUCCAGAAAGACAUGGUUCCUCAGGAGGCUUUGGUAGCCGCUUCGAGGUCUGAGUGGAGGCGCCAGCACCGCACCCGCGAGGAGCAAGAGACGCGGUGGCGCCGGCAGUUGAGGCACCAACAGCGAGGCCCUGAAUCAGAAGGUACAUUUCAGAGUGCGGCAGAGACCGCCUCCGUCAUCCCAGCAGGACUCCGGCCAGCCAAGUGCAUUGGUGACAGCUUCCCCGACGGCAUUAAGCUUCCGCUCUUUGGGCAGGAUCUGCCGGAUCCCAUUUGGACGCUGAACACCCCGUGGUUGGAACGCCUGCGCAACGGGCCUCCGCCCCCGAAGGAGGAGACUCCGUGGUUGCAUGAGGAUGACGAGUCGCAUUUCCAAAAUGCAUUGAGCUACGCAGCAUCGCUCUGGACAACACGUUGCGCCAUUUGGCACAGCAAACACUGA